ACCAGUCUGGCAACGUUGCCGAUAACAUGCAAACAGAAAAGAGCGUAUAAAUACUUGUUUAAAUAAAAUCAAUUUAAUUAAACUGAAUUUGAUGCGAUGUCACUUCAUAAUUGCCGCACCUGCGGCAAGUUCAUCUUUUCUGCGACGCCCAAGAAUCUCUUCCAGGAGCCCGAUUCGGUAACGCUGCACCAGAUCGAGGCUUUGACUGGGUUGUUUUUACUAGAGGGAUCGGGGGAGGCGCUUCCCGUCCUUAUCUGCGCACUCUGCGAAAAGGAGCUGCAGGAAGCCAUAUCCUUCCGGGAGCGUGUGAUCCUCACUCAGAAAACGCUGCAAAGCAGUGUCAGCAAUGAGGCAGUCUUGGAUUUGAACGAAUCCAAUGUUGAAGAGUUUGUUGAAGAGGUCACCGAAGUGGAGGUUAUAGACAUGCUGCUGGAGGAGCAGCCGCUGCAGAGGGAGGAGCCAGAAGAGGGAGUUGUCCAGGAAAAGGAGCAGCCCCAGGAAAAGAGUACGACGCAGGAGGAGCAUCGAAGAAUCCCACCCAAAAGCACACCCCCUGUUUGCACCUCUGUGAAGUUUGCGGACAACAGCCAGGACAAUAAUCGCCACAGACCGCGAACACAGUGGGACAGACUCACCGAAGACGAGGUGGUGGCCCUAAAACGGGAGCGCCGCAGGAGGGAGUGCAUCUGCGAGCAGUGCGGUCGACACUUCUCCUGCCCCAGCAACUUCAAACUGCACCUGCUGCGCCACACCGGGGAGAAGAGAUUUGCCUGCGACCAGUGUCCCCAGAGGUUCUACACCGCCACACUGCUGCGGCGCCAUCAGGAGGUGCACUCGGGCACUGCCCCAUAUCAGUGCCGCUACUGCGAGGUGUCCUUCAACAACGCCACCGGACGCGUCCAGCACGAGCGCAGUCGCCAUACACAUCUCAAGCCAUUUAAGUGCAAAGAAUGUGACAAAAGCUUCGCCAUGAGCGGCAAACUCCGGAUGCAUAUGCUCAGUCACACCGGAGUGCGGUCGUUCCACUGCGAGUCCUGCAAAGUCUCCUUCGUCCGCCGCUCCCAUUUAGUAACCCAUUUCCGAUCCAAGGGGCACGCCCAAGUUGCGGGCACCCAGGAGGCGGUAGAAAAAACUCUGGAACUUGACGUGGAAACUGUGCCAGAAGCUGGUACCUAAACAAAUUCAGCCUAUAGGUUUGGCUCAGUUCAUUGGGCACGAUAAGUCAAAUCGGAACACGAAACCCUAACUGAAAACUGAUGUUUUUCAAAUCUGCUCCAGAAUGUAAUGAUUGGAUCCGAAUCUCAACAUAUAAUAAUUGUGUUGGCAGCUUGAGUAUGCUCAGCGGUGAAUUAUGAUUAGGUUUUAUAAUAAGUUAAAUUAAUAUUAAUGCGGAAAUCGAAUCUGCAAAAAGUGACUGUGUUGUAGAAUGUUAAUACAUGUAUUUAUAAAUUUGUUCAAUAAUGGUACAUCUAAAA